GCUGGCGGUCCAAAAGGCGGGGAGGCCGGAGUGGAGGGAAGCCGGGAACCGGAAGUGAAGGCAGAUUCCCUCCUUCGUGGCUGUUGCCGCCGCCAUACACGCUCACCCUGCUCAGCUCUUCUGUCUGAGACCAGCGUCUUCCUGCAAACCUUCACUCUCCCUUCCCUCCUCCUUAACACCUAUUCUGCAAGAAGCAACCCGGAGACCCCUCCCCUCCUCCCCCUGCUGGCCCAGUUAUGGCAGAAAACGACGUGGACAAUGAGCUGUUGGACUAUGAAGAGGAUGAGGUGGAGACGGCAGCUGGGGGAGAUGGGGCUGAGGCCCCUGCCAAGAAGGACGUCAAGGGCUCCUACGUCUCCAUCCACAGCUCUGGCUUCCGCGACUUCCUGCUCAAGCCAGAGUUGCUUCGGGCCAUAGUGGAUUGUGGGUUUGAGCAUCCAUCAGAAGUGCAGCACGAGUGCAUCCCUCAGGCCAUUCUCGGAAUGGAUGUCCUGUGCCAGGCCAAGUCAGGCAUGGGAAAGACGGCGGUGUUUGUGUUGGCCACUCUGCAGCAGCUGGAGCCGGUUACUGGGCAGGUGUCUGUGCUGGUGAUGUGUCACACUAGAGAACUGGCUUUUCAGAUUAGCAAGGAAUAUGAGCGCUUCUCUAAGUAUAUGCCCAAUGUCAAGGUCGCAGUGUUUUUUGGAGGUCUGUCCAUCAAGAAGGAUGAAGAGGUGCUGAAGAAGAACUGCCCGCAUAUUGUCGUGGGGACUCCUGGCCGGAUCCUAGCCCUGGCUCGAAAUAAGAGCCUCAACCUGAAACACAUUAAACACUUUAUCUUGGAUGAAUGUGAUAAGAUGCUUGAACAGCUCGACAUGCGUCGGGAUGUCCAGGAAAUUUUUCGCAUGACCCCCCACGAGAAGCAGGUCAUGAUGUUCAGUGCUACCUUGAGCAAAGAGAUCCGCCCAGUCUGCCGCAAGUUCAUGCAAGAUCCAAUGGAGAUCUUCGUGGAUGAUGAGACGAAGUUGACGCUGCAUGGGUUGCAGCAGUACUACGUGAAACUGAAGGACAACGAGAAGAACCGGAAGCUCUUUGACCUUCUAGAUGUCCUUGAGUUCAACCAGGUGGUGAUCUUUGUGAAGUCUGUGCAGCGGUGCAUUGCCCUGGCCCAGCUCCUAGUGGAGCAGAACUUCCCAGCCAUUGCCAUCCACCGUGGGAUGCCCCAGGAGGAGAGGCUUUCUCGGUAUCAGCAGUUUAAAGAUUUUCAGCGACGAAUUCUUGUGGCUACCAACCUGUUUGGUCGAGGUAUGGACAUAGAGCGGGUGAACAUCGCCUUUAACUAUGACAUGCCUGAGGAUUCUGACACCUACCUGCAUCGGGUGGCCAGAGCAGGCCGGUUUGGUACCAAGGGUUUAGCCAUCACGUUUGUGUCAGAUGAGAAUGAUGCAAAAAUCCUCAAUGACGUACAGGAUCGAUUUGAAGUCAACAUUAGUGAGCUGCCUGAUGAGAUAGACAUCUCCUCCUACAUUGAACAGACACGGUAGAGGAUUUGCUGUUCUGCGAUGUGAGCGUCUUGUGGAGGAUUCCCGGCGUGGGGGUGAAGGAGACACUACUGCCGCCUGCCCUGCCAGCCCCACCCCUCACCCGAGCUUCCCUCUUUUGCAUCAUCACCACUCCUAACCCCCGAAUCCUGAUUUGUCAGAUUUUUUUUUAACAAAACUAAAAACGAAACACA